AUGGGGCCAUGCAGUUUACAUAUGAUAGACCGUCCCUUUCGUUCACCAAUGAAUGAGGACACUGAUGUGCCUGCCAAGGCCACAAAGAAGGCCCAAAUUAGACAAAGGGGCCGAAGUGCCUUCGCCAUGGAGCCUAUGCACUCAACGCUUUCUGACUGGUCCAAUCCAGACUUGGAACCUAUUUUCUUGGCUGCCUCGACCACCAUCGAGUUUCUCUUCUUGGUGGCUGUGGUAGCCUUUUGCAGAGUUCAUUGCCAGCAGACUUGGAAGUGGCUGAAAAAGUGUCAUGUAGUGCUGCCAGCCACGGGCAUUUGGAGAGAGGACAAUUGUGAAGACCGCUUGCUCAUCGAGGAGGUGCGCACGGCACAGCUACGCAUGGCGCAUCGAUUUAUGAAUGUGCUAGCAGCCUUGGCGAACGGCACCACUGCGCUCUAUCAGUCGAACAUUCUGCGUGAGAGACAGAGGUGGAUGCCAACUGAAUUCAUUCUGUGUUUGUUGCCGAUAUCGGCAAUGGCUACUUUCCACUUAGCUUUUCCAAAGAUGGUGACCCGACAGACAGUGAACUGGCUCUACUGCUCUGGGAUGGCAUGCGGUAUGAUAGCCCUGUCUCCCAUUGGCAGCCCUGCUUUGGAGAUGGGAUCGCUGUCAUUGUCCCUCGCAUACACUGCGUUUUUCCGUUUGCCAGCAGUCACCUUAGCUACGCACACCUCAGUUGUCAUAAUUUGCAACCUGGUCUCCUUUGCGCUGCUUCUGGCCCGGGCCUUGUCAGAAGGAUUCCUGGUUGAGAAUCGAAGUGCUGCCCUUGCAACCGCAGUUUGGGUUGAAGGCUUGUCUUGUGUGGUGGCGGUCCUUGUUUGGGGUUCUCUGCAGCAAGCGCUCCGAGGGGCCGCUGCCCACCGCUUGCACCAUCGGCAGGUGAAGGCGGAGCUCAGCGCAGCGAGCUCUUUGCUUCGCUUGACUUGCGAUGCCGUCUUGGAGCUCGAUCCAAACCUCCGCUUGACCAAGCACUCCCCGGAGCUGGCGGCGGUGUUGCUCAGAGAUCGGCCAGGAGCUUCUUUGGAAGGUUCACACCUAACAGACUUUAUGCCUGCUGCUGAAGCCGCGCGGGCCAAGGAGAUCCUUGCGAGAGUUGAUGAGGAUGAGAACAAAGACGGUGCCACUUGUGCCAGCGCCUUCCACACACGUCUUGUGGACACGUGUUCCAGCCGCUUUCGCACAGAAGUUUUUCAAGUGCGGUACCAGCAGGUGGAUGGUCAAGUUCGUCACCUCAUUGGCCUCCGGGACUUUACAGACCAACAGUCCCUGGCACGCAAAGCGACCGACGAGAUCUGUGAACCAGAAGUGCCGAAGCCUGCAGAGACGGCACAUAGCCCAGACGAAGAGAGGAAACACGACUUCGAGGAUCUUCUAACACUGUUGGAAGUCGACCUCGAUUGCAUGCAGGUGAGCUCGGCAUCUUCUUCCCUCGCCUGGAUGGCUGGGAAAGACCUCGGCGAGGUGUUUAGUUCAGAUAGCGCCGAACUCUUUCAGAGAGCUCGCCCUGAAGUCUUGCUUCUUGAAACCCAGCGAACGCUUAAGAACAAGACACUUCACUUUGGCAACCUGAAGCUUCGCUGCGGAGAUUCUUAUCACACGAUUGCUGGUGCUAUGGAGCCAAUGCGCAGCACCUCCCGCUUGCGAAUGGCCCUAUGCUUCCAAAUGCCUGCGUCCUUAGGCUUUGCGAUCAAAGCGCGUGGAACACCCUCCAGUGGGAGCUCAGCUGACAGUUGCAGACUGAACGACCUCUCCUUGUAA